AUGGCACCAACAGUCGAGAGGGUCUUUAAGAGGGCGCUCCCGUUCCACAGCUGGGGCCAGGUAGCAGCCGCAGCAGCUGUCGCCGCAGGAGCGCAGAGGUCACCCCCAGUCCAGCGGGGCUUUAAGAGAGCGCGCCCGUUCCAGAGCUGGGGCCAGGCAGCAGCCGCAGGAGCGGAGAGAGCACCCCCUGUCCAGAGGGGCUUUAAGAGGGCGCUCCCGUUACAGAGCUGGGGCCAGGCAGCAGCCGCAGCAGCUGUCGCCGCAGGAGCGCAGAGGGCACCCCCAGUCCAGAGCCGCUUUAAGAGGGCGCUCCCGUUCCAGAGCUGGGGCCAGGCAGCAGCCGCAGCAGCUGUCGCCGCAGGAGCGCAGACGUCACCCCUAGUCCAGAAGGGCUUUAAGAGGGCGUGCCCGUUCCAGAGCUGGGGCCAGGCAGCAGCCGCAGGAGGGCAGAGGGCACCCCCAGUCCAGAGGGGCUUUAAGAGGGCGCUCCCGUUCCAGAGCUGGGGCCAGGCAGCAGCCGCAGCAGCUGUCGCUGCAGGAGCGUUCAGUGCACCCCCAGUCCAGAGGGGCUUUAAGAGAGUGCUCCCAUUCCAGAGCUGGGGCCAGGCAGCAGCCGCAGCAGCUGUCUCCGCAGGAGCGCUGAGGGCACCCCCAGUCAAGAGGGGCUUUAAGAGGGCUUUCUGUUCCGGAGCUGGGGCCAGGCAGCAGCCGCAGGAGCGCAGAGGCUGA